AUGGUGUAUUUUCUGCGGAACGGACCAUUGACUGAGACUCUAAUUCAUUAUCAAUCCAUAUCGUUUCAGGCUGGAGAGGAGGCAGAAGAAAGCGAGACGAGCUUUUUGCGCCCUUUGCCGCCGGCGGAGUACGCGGCGCACCUAGCAGCUUCCCGCCAUCCUCAUCCGCACCCGCCAACACACCAAAGGGCGUCUCGACGGAGCGAGGCUGUUGCGUCUGGGGUGUCGGCUCCGGGUUUGAGCAGCAGCAGCGGCGGCGGCGGCGCUGCGGGUGGCUUGGUGGUGCCCGGAACAACACGUGUUGGUGGUGGUGGCGGUGAUGCGGAGAGCAACGUUCGGGGUCGGACGACAGAGGGCAGACCGGUGGAACGAUCCGAACCUGCCGUGAUUGAGUUCCGCUACACGGGCUUGGAAGCUGCGUCAAAUGCACAUUGUCGAACCUAUGAGGGCAGCGAAGAAGCUAGAAAAGAACUGAUGAGUUGCCCCGGGAUGGAAGAUGAGUGA